AUGGGCUUCUAUUCCAAGGCAAGAUUGCCCCGGCCAAGCAUCCAUGACCCUGCCGUCAGGUCGCGCCGGCUGGCCGUGAUCAAGGCGGCGGGGAUCAAUCUGCUUAUACUUCAAUUCUUGUUCCUGGGACUAUUCUGCUACAUCUUUGGUUCAUUGUUCCAACAAACCACCCACACCCACAAUAUCAAUAUCCUCUUCGUCGACUACGAUGGAAGCGUCAUCGGAACCGCGGUUCGCAAUGCUUAUGCCGAGCUAAAGGGACCGGGUUUCCCAACUCUGGACGAGCGUCCAGCUCUAGCAUAUCCCAACCCCGACACCAUCGAUUCAGCAGUAUGUAACAUCAAAUUCUGGGGCGCGUUAUACAUAACCACCAACUCAUCAAACGACCUAACCGCUGCUCUCGCCGGUGGAACCGCCGCUUCCUCAUACAACGGCAGCGACGUGCUCACCAUGGUCUGGAACGAAGCUCGCUACCCAACAACCGUCGACUCCGCCAUCUACGACAAACUAACCACCCUCUCCGAAGCCGCACGAGUCGUAUACAUGAAAAGCAACGGCAAACAAACCAUCCAAGCACUAAACAGCUCAGACGACGCCGCGCUCGCCAUCUACGCAAACCCCUGGACAUUAUCCUCGAUAAACCUCCAGCCAACAUCGCAAGGAUCCCGCCUAAUCUACAACACGCUCGUCAUCAUCCUGAUCAUGAUCCAAGAAUUCUUUUACUUGGGUUACGUGAACGGUCUCUAUCUAAAUUUCAACCUCUACGCAUCCGUGACUCCGCACCGGAUCGCUAUCGUGCGACAAAUUAUCUCGGGUGUGUACACGCUCAUCGGAUCACUGUGUACUACAGGUGCGAUAUGGGCCUUUCGAAAUGGUUGGAACGUGCAUGGGGGACAAUUCAUGCUUACGUGGAUGGCGUUAUGGCUCUUCGCGCAUUUGAAUUUCCUCGUUCUGGACGCGUUUACAGUCUGGGUUUCCCCGCCGUUCGUGCCGAUGUGUUUGAUCUCGUGGAUGAUGUUGAACGUCACAUCCAUCUUGCUCCCAUUCGAGCUAUCACCGGCCUUUUACAAAUGGGGCUAUGCCUUGCCUGCACACAGCAUUUUCAACGUGCUUAUUGAUAUCUGGUCUGGCGGGUGUAAUCCGCAACUUAACUACGCGCUACCCGUUCUGUUUGCGUAUGAGAUAAUUGGUCUCGUGCUAAGCUCGAUCGGUGUCUAUAGACGCGCACAUUACGCUGUGAUCAAGCAGGAGAAAGAUCAGAAGGAUCUGCAGGAACGGAUUGCGCCGGCGAUUGCGGAGCGGGAGGGUCAGCGGUUGGAGAGGGCGGAGACUACUCUCGAGGAUCAAGAGAGUAGAGUGAGUGAAAGUGAUCGUGAGGAGGGAGGUAGAGGGAGGCGUGGAACUGUGGCUACGAUAAAAGAUGAAGGGGAGGUGAUGGAUAUCAUUCGAAGGGAGAUGUCGCGACCCACGGCGGAGACUUCUACUAGUCGAACGAAUAAUGGGCCUUGCUUCGAUUUGCCGUUCAGCGAGUAG